AUGAAAACAUACUUGUCGUUCGUCGUAUUACUCACUGUUGUUGAUAUAAUUUUUGCAGGCAAUGGUGAAUAUUGGAAUUAUGAAGAUCACGGUCCUUACACAUGGUCACAAAUAUAUCCUGAAUGUGCUGGCUGGCGUCAAUCGCCACUCAAUCUAGAUUAUUUUGAUGUUGUAUACAAAAAAUUUCCACCCUUCUUAUUCUCUUCAAGUUUUGAUCGUUCUCAUGUUUUUAAUUUGAAAAAUAACGGACAUACAAUUGUCGGCGAAUUACCAAUGGGAAUGCCACGAAAUGAAAUUCCACAACUAAGUGGCGGUGAUCUGCCUGGAACUUUUCGAUUUACAAACUUUCAUUUACAUUGGGGUGAGUCACCGUCAGAAGGAUCUGAACAUACGAUAAAUCAUGUACACGGUGCUGGAGAAGCACACUUCGUGUUUACUAAUGAAGUAACAAAGCAAACAGCUGUAUUUGCAUUUGUUAUUACUAUGUCGCCCGAUAGAGAAUCGAGCGCAUGGGAGACAUAUGUUCAUAACGCGGUCAAACUCAUUCGUCACGGUACACAUACACAAUUUAUAGGAAAUCUAAUGAAAUUGAUGGAAAAUGGAAAUUACUUUCGAGAUUUUUGGAGGUACAAUGGUUCGUUAACGACACCACCUUGUUCAGAAGGAGUCAUUUGGACGAUAUUCAAUCAUCAUAUCAUUUUUUCAUACAAUGAGCUGCAAGCCUUGUCAUUGAAUGUUCUACAUAAAGAUUUUCGCCCAAUUCAAUCGAGGAAUAAUCGAAUUGUUUAUCAUUCAACACUUGGUAAUACUGCUGAUUCCCUUCGAUACUGUUUCUCCUGGCUACGAGUAAUGUCGACAAUUUUUAUCAUUGUGAUCUGUUUAGAUUUUUAA